AUGUCGAGCGUCAAAAAAGACCAAGUAAUCACUGCUUCAUUCUCAAGAAACACGCUCCUUCUCCUAUUAUUCCUCUUAGCCACUUUUUCCUCGGCUCGGCCAAUAGUCAGCGAAAUAAACCCCACGGAAACCUCGAUCUCCAAACGAGGCAUAUUCGCAGCAACAGCCAAAGAGGCAGUCGCAUCCACACAAACCUUCAAAGAUUCUGGCGAGGCGUUAUCCGAGACUAAGAAUGCCCAGGGUGCACACUCCGGCCUGCCUUCGAAAGCGAAUCUUGGGCAAUCUACGAAAAAUGAAAAACUAGAAGAUGUCAAAGAAUUGAACCUUAAGCAAGCCCCAGAAACAAAACCCUCGACCCCCAAUGGAAAAGAUAUAUUUGAUGCGAGCGCCCCACUUGAUUCCAAACCCGCCAAGCUGAAACAAAUUCCAGCAGGCGGAGUCAAAAGUGAAGGUGGAAAGGGAAACAGUGAACCAUUUCGAGGGGACCAAUCCAGAAAUGAAGAAGCUCAAGUUGAACCGGCGAACGUGCAGAAAGUAAAAGCAGAUCAAGCUAAAUCGGAACAACUGGAAAACAUCAGGCCACCACCUCCAUCCCCGAUCUCACAUCUUCAGGACGUCAACGAUGCAGAAGGAAAAUCUCAUUUUCAGAGACUUUGGAAGGAAAGUGUUGAUAUACCAACACCGUACAAGUCCGGCGUCUUACCUGAAAGAAAUCCAAGUGAGCUGGGCGGCGAUGGCACCCCAACCUUCUAG